AUGUAUGAUUCUUUGGAGUCUCACCUCAGAGCGUUGGAGACACUUGGCGUGACCCCAGAGCAGACUGCAGAAUUUGUAUUUCCUAUGGUGGAGUCGAGUUUGCCAGAGGAUAUCCUCAUCGCCUGGCAGAGGAGUGCAAUGUAUGGUGUGGAUGGAUCCACAGAGAACCCACCCAGUACAGAGCUCCAACAUCUGAUGACCUUUCUGCGCCAAGAAGUAGAGCGAGAGGGUCAGCGGUCUAUUGUUCGAGCAGGAUUCGAGUCCAAUCCCGCAAAUAAAGAGAAGUCCCGAGAGAAGUCCAGAGCGGCAUCCAGGAAAGAGAAGGAUGGAUUCGCCACAACUGCUGGUUUGUUCUCUGGUGGGAAUGCUAAAAAAUGUUGUGUUUUUUGUGAUCGUAGUAACCACAACAGUCCAGAUUGUUACAAGGCGCAAAUGAUGACUCUGCAACAAAAGAAGGACAAGGUCAAGGAGAAAAAAUGUUGUUUCGUCUGUCUCCGCCAAGGCCACUUGUCAAAGGAUUGCAAGAGUUCAGCAAAAUGCGUAAUUUGCUCACGCAAGCAUCUGGUAAUCAUGUGUCCAGACUUGGAGAAGAGGAAUGAUUCAGGGGGAUCUGGCAAUCGUAACGAUGGCGAGAAUUCGGCCGCGAUGUCACAUCAUCAAUGUAAAGGUGACGUCCUGCUCCAAACUGUGCUCGUGCGUCUCUACAACGACGACGGUAGCGAUUAUCGAGUAGUCCGGCUACUAUUCGACAGUGGGAGUCAAGGAACAAGCGUGCGGGCCGACGUUGCAGACGAGCUGAAUUUGCAAAAGACUGGACAAGUAUGGUCACGCAAGGUCUUGUAUGGAGGGUCUGUAACAAAUAAGCAAAAACACAAUAAAUUUAACAUAAAAUUAGCCAGCGUUGAUGGCAAAGUGAGGCGUAAUUUGACUGCACUUGAUGAGCAGGAUAUUUGUGGCCAGCUACGUCGUGUCCCAACUGGUCCGUGGUUGAAGGAGCUAGCAAACAAAAAUAUAUGGAUGAGCGACUUCAUCUCGGACAGCGAGGAGAUUCAAGUCCUCGUGGGGAGCGAUUAUUAUGGACAAUUGAUGACUGGCAGAAUUGUGCAUCUCAAGUGUGGACUCACAGCAAUGGAAUCCGUCUGCGGCUGGACCCUGAGUGGCUCAAUUCCGGCGGAGGAUUCACUUUCUUUGAUGUCAGUGUCGACGGCAUUAGUCAACUGCAACUCCAUCCAAGAUUUGUGGAAUUUGGAGGCAUUGGGGAUCCGUGACUCUGGAGAAGUCAAGAGCAAGUCGGAACGAGAGGUAGCGACUCAAGAACACUUUCAAGAGACCGUGACUCGUAACGAUGAGGGGCGUUACUCCGUUCUACUACCGUGGGUGGAAGAAGGUCAACCCAUCCCAAGUAAUCGACUGGUGGCUGAGAAGAGGUUGGAAUCCACCACCAGAAAACUGAAACAAACAGGAAACUUUGAGUCGUACAUCCAAAUAUUUCAAGAGUGGCUCAAAGAAGGAUUCAUAGAAAUUGUCCAGAAUCCAAAUCAAGAUGAAAAUUCCCAUGACCUCCCACACCGAGCUGUAUUCAAACCGGAAAGUCUGACGACGCCUGUGCGACCGGUUUUCGACGCAUCCUGCAAGAUUGGAAGGAGCCCAUCAUUAAAUGAUUGUUUAGAAAAGGGUCCCAAUUUGUUGGAGCUGAUUCCGGCGCUACUGGUCAGAUUCCGGGAGAAGAAGGUGGGCGUAAUUUCUGACGUCCGUAAAGCCUUCCAGAUGAUCGAGGUGGAGGAGUCCGACAGAGAUUUCCUCCGAUUUCUAUGGUGGGAGGAAAAUGAAGAUAGCAAGAUCCAAGUUUUUCGCCACAAACGAGUCGUAUUUGGGGUCAAUUCAAGUCCGUUCCUGCUAGGCGCCGUCCUGGAGAAACAUUUAAAAGAAGUAAGUGGACCCCAUGAAUCAAUUGCGAAGAAACUACUUAAAUCGUUGUAUGUGGACAACUGCGUCACAUCCGUAAAUUCAGAAGAGGAAUAUCAAAAUUUCAAGCAAAUUUCUACUCACCUUCUUGCCGAUGCUAAGAUGGAACUGCGUCAGUGGGAGUGUAGUGCCGUGGAGGGAUCCGGAGUCGGCUACCCUGCCAUUAGGGAGUGCGGACUGGAGCCUGACGGUAGCUACACCCAUCAAGAACUGAGCAGUGUCCUGGGGAUGAAGUGGCAAAAGGUGGAGGACAAGUUACAAGUGGAUAUUCCUUAUGAACAACUCCCAGAGAAGAUAACCAAGAGAGUAAUCCUGUCAAUGGUGCAAAAACUAUUCGAUCCAUUGGGAUUUCUGGCACCAACAACGUUGAUCCCAAAAUUAAUUCUCCAACAGACAUGGGAAAAGAAGAGCUCUUGGGAUGAUGAGUUAUCUGCAGAGAUGAAGAAAGAAUUUAUUUCGUGGUGGUCAACAGUACAAGAAUUGAAGAAAGUUCACAUACCCCGACAUGCAUUUGGAAUUGCAGUCGUCCAACCAGAAGAGAUCCAGUUCCACUGUUUUGGAGACGCGCCCAAGAAGGCCUAUUCCGCAGCAAUCUUCGUCCGUGUGCAGCAUGGCGACGAGAUUUCGGUGCAAUUGCUGCAAGCAAAGUCAAGAGUAGCACCGUUAAAAUCAUUAACAAUUCCUAGACUGGAGCUGAUGGCGAGUGUUAUAACAACACGACUCGCAUCUUCUGUCAAGAGUGCCUUAUCGAUGGAGGCAGCCACAACUUACUUUUGGACGGACUCCAGCACCGCGUUGGCGUGGAUUAGACGCAACAACGAGUGGGGGACCUUUGUUGGAAAUAGAGUGAAGGAGAUAUGUUCCAGCUCACUAGUUUCGCAGUGGAACUUUGUGCCAGGAAAGAUGAACCCGGCCGACCUUCCAUCGAGAGGCUGCUCCCCAUCUCAAUUAUUGUCGUGUUGUUGGUGGGAGGGUCCUGACUGGCUGCGGAAGUCGGCGGAGCACUGGCCAACACAUUUUGAACCUGAAGCCGAUGAAGAUCUGGUCACAUCGGAGAAAAAGAAAUCAACAAUUGCGAGGAUGGAGGCGGUCGAGGUGGAAAAUCCAUGGUACGUGACGCGCUACUCCUCCUAUACAAAGAAUUUGCGACUUUUGGGAUGGAUUUUGAGAUUCCUGCAAAAGUGCAAAAAGAUUAGUCCAAGUCAGACCGACAGCAACAUCGAGAUUCGACACCAAGAAACCAAUUUUGCCAGCAGCAGCACUACCGGAAGAUCGUGUCAAGACCGAAAGAGUCUUUCAAGUGACCGGGAUCGAUCUUGCUGGCCCAUUAUUUCUCAAAAGGGGAGAGAAGACGUGGAUCGUCAUAUUCACAUGCGCCACGUAUCGAUGUGUCCACUUCGAGCUUGUGGACUCGCUAAGUACCGACUGUUUCCUCUUAAGUCUGUCCAGAUUCAUCAGUCGCAGGGGCCGCCCAGAAACUAUCUACCCGACAACGGGACGAACUUUGUGGGGGCCAGCAACCUGUUUCGAGAAUUGGACUGGAAAACAAUCGAAUCGAAAACGAGAGUAGAGCGAAUCCAGUGGAGAUUUUCGCCACCUUCCGGAGCAUGGUGGGGCAGAUGGUGGGAGCGACUCAUCCGUACAGCAAAGGGUCUACUCAAGAGGAUGUUGGGUCAGAAUCGACUCAAUUACGCUCAAUUGGAGACGUCACUUUGUCAAGUAGAAGCGGUGAUGAAAGAACGCCCACUUACAUACGUCACAGAGGACAACAACGACCUCAUCCCAUUGACUCCUUCAAUGUUCCUGCGCGACACGCAAGAGACCAGUUUCCCAGAAGCUGAGGUGCUCGUGGGGGAUGACAUGAGGGGAAAGUUUAAAAAUCUAAAGAAGUUGUGGGAGGAACUCCGAGGCAGAUUUCGCAGCGAAUACCUGGCUCUUCUCGUCCAAAGGGGAAAACUCCAAAAGUAUCAUGACUUUCAAGUGGGGGAUAUUGUGCUAGUGGGGGACGACAAUAAGAAGCGUCAAGAUUGGAAGCUGGGGAGAAUUCUGGAGCUGCAUCCCGGCAAAGAUGGACAUGCACACGUCGCAGAUGUUAAAACGUCCCACAGUGUCCUACUCCGUCCACUCCAGCGUCUCUACCCACUGGAAGUACCAACCAAUUUUUACGAAGGACCUCAAGAUAAUAAAACAAUGAGAGAGGAAACCAAGCAAGAAGAAGAAGUAAAUCGAGACCAAGCAAAAAUAGUACAGAUUUCAAAUGAAACGACAACGCGAACCCGAUCCGGAAGAGAAGUUCGCAAACCUAAGAAGUUUUUAUGA